AUGCUUGUGCGACUUCCUCUUUCCCCAUGCCAAGUCACAGCCAUGCUGUACCUCGCCCUCGCCACCCUUCUGGCGUUAUGCACCAUAACAUAUCGAACCCUCUACCCAUGGCUACGAAGACGCCACGCCCUCUCCCAAAUCCCCACCCACACCUUCACAGACCGCCCUGAUACGCAAGAACACUACGUCAAAUCCACCCGCGACCUACACUACGCUGGCUAUCGCAAAUUCUCCCUCAACGGCCUCCCCUAUCGAGUCCGGACCUCAGCAGGGGGCGAACGCAUCGUUCUCCCAACGCGGUAUCUGAACGAAGUCAAGAACGCCUCGCAAAGUGUCAUCAGCCUCCCAGACGAGAUGGAAGAUCUCCUGCUCAUGAAAUAUACCGGCGUACCGCAGCGGACUGACUCCGGGACGAAGGUUGUGAGGGUGGAGUUGACGAGGAACCUGGGGAAUUUCGUGGGGGCGAUGCAGGAGGAGUGCGAGUACGGGUUUGGGAGGUAUAUGCCGGUGACGCAGGAGUGGAGUGUUGUGAUGCCGUACCAUGUCUUUGCGAAAGUGGUUGCGCUGAUUUCGAGUCGUGUGCUUGUUGGGCCGGAGUUGUGUCGCGAUGAAGGGUGGCUGCGGUUGUCGAUUGAGUUUUCGACGCAUGCAUUUGGAGCGGCGAGGAAGUUGAGGACGGGUAGUAAGUGGCCGUGGUCGAUGUGGUUGGCUUCGUGGAAUGAACCUGCUGUGGCUGAGAUUAGAGCGAGGAGGAGGCAGGCUGAGGAGUUGUUGAGGCCGAUUUGUGAGGAGAGGUUGAAGAGGCAGAAGGAUCCGGACUGGAAGAGGCCUUAUGAUGGGAUUCAGUGGUUACUUGAUAGUCAUGGGCACAGUGGCGAGUCGACGGAGGAGGUAGUGAAGAGUUUGUUGAGGCUGAAUAUGGCUGCGAUCCAUAAUACUACGAUGAGUGCGACGAAUGUUCUGUUUGAUCUGCUGGAGCAUUCAAAAUACCUGGAGAGUUUGAGGCAGGAGAUCAAGAACGUACUUGCUGAGGAAGGCGGAUGGACGAAGCAAGCUCUGACCAAGCUGAGAAAGAUGGACAGCCUCAUGAAGGAGACUCUGAGGAUGAAUCCUACCACGCCCAUCACGGGGAAGCGGAAGGUCCUGCAUGACUAUCGCCUACAUGACGGUCUGCUCUUACCCAAAGGCUCCCAUAUCGCGUUCGCAUCCGACGCCUUGAAUCGUGAUCCAGCAAUAUACAACUCUCCGGACACCUUCGACGGCAUGAGGUUCCAUGACCUGCGUGAAUGGGAUGAGACCAAGUAUCAGUUCGUCACGGCGACUUCAGAGUAUCUGAAUUGGGGUCAAGGUGGUCAUGCUUGCCCAGGUACUUUUGCCGUCUCUUCACGUCUUCGACGUUUCUUUGCGAGCAACGAGAUCAAGCUGAUGCUCGCGUUCGUGCUCCAGCAUUAUGAGUUCAAAUGGAAGCCAGGCGAAAGUAGGCCGCAGAGCACAAACAUUGAUUGGAAUUUGAUUCCAGACCGCGAGAAGGAAGUCGAGGUGAGAAGAAGGAGCGAAGCAUAA